GUGCAAGUAUUGAUCAAGCAUUCAGCGGAUGUCAACGCCCGGGACAAGAACUGGCAGACGCCCCUGCACGUCGCCGCCGCAAAUAAAGCCGUCAAGUGUGCCGAAGUGAUCAUCCCGCUCCUGAGCAGCGUCAACGUUUCCGACAGAGGGGGUCGGACGGCCCUGCACCACGCCGCCCUCAAUGGCCAUGUUGAAAUGGUGAACUUGCUUUUGGCGAAAGGGGCCAACAUUAAUGCCUUUGACAAAAAGGAUCGGAGAGCCUUGCACUGGGCGGCUUACAUGGGCCACUUGGAAGUGGUUGCCUUGCUGAUCAGCCACGGCGCUGAGGUGACCUCGAAGGACAAGAAGGGCUACACGCCACUCCACGCCGCAGCGUCCAACGGCCAGAUCAGCGUCGUGAAGCACCUCCUCAACCUCGGGGUGGAGAUUGACGAAAUGAACAUCUACGGGAACACCGCGCUUCACAUCGCUUGCUACAACGGGCAGGAUUCCGUGGCCAACGAGCUGAUCGAUUACGGCGCGAACGUCAACCAGCCCAACAACAGCGGGUUCACGCCUCUGCAUUUUGCGGCGGCUUCCACUCACGGAGCUCUUUGUCUGGAGCUGCUGGUGAAUAACGGGGCAGAUGUGAAUAUUCAGAGUACAGAUGGGAAGAGUCCGCUGCAUAUGACGGCAGUGCACGGGAGGUUCACGCGGUCGCAAACCCUCAUUCAGAACGGAGGUGAAAUAGACUGUGUUGAUAAGGAUGGCAACACACCUCUCCAUGUGGCAGCGAGAUAUGGGCACGAGCUUUUGAUUAAUACCCUAAUAACCAGUGGAGCGGAUAGCGCCAGGUGCGGCAUCCACGACAUGUUCCCCUUACACCUGGCCGCGCUUAACGCUCACUCCGACUGCUGCCGGAAGUUACUGUCAUCAGGCUUUGAAAUAGACACCCCAGAUAAAUUUGGAAGGACCUGCCUCCAUGCGGCCGCUGCCGGAGGGUGAGUAAUCUUGAGACCGUACACGGCGAGGUUAUGUUUGAUUCAGUCCUCCGCAGCCCAGCUAAUUCGUUUCUAUUUAUUUUCCAGGACACCUUUGCACUACGCAGCUGCAAACUGUCAUUUCCAAUGUAUGGAGAUGCUGGUGACCACGGGGGCCAAUAUUAACGAAACAGAUGACUGGGGACGGACAGCUUUACACUACACUGCCGCCUCGGACAUGGACAGAAAAAGAAAGAAUGUUUUGGGUAACUCCCACGAAAAUGCGGAAGAACUCGAAAAAGCCCACGAAAUGAAGGAAAAAGAAGCCACCUUGUGUCUGGAAUUCCUCCUGCAGAACGAGGCCAACCCCUCGAUACAGGACAAAGAAGGCUACAAUUCAGUGCACUAUGCGGCCGCUUACGGACACAGGCAGUGUUUAGAACUGCUUCUAGAGAAAACCAGCAACAAUUUGGAGGAGUCGGAUGCAGCUGCUACAAAAAGCCCUUUGCACUUAGCUGCCUACAACGGUCAUCAUCAGGCCUUGGAAGUGCUUCUCCAGUCUCUGGUAGACCUGGAUAUUAAGGACGAGAGGGGCCGUACGGCUUUGGACCUGGCCGCAUUUAAAGGACACGCUGAAUGUGUUGAAGCUCUCGUGAACCAGGGUGCCUCCAUCUUAGUCAAAGAUAACGUCACCCAACGAACCCCUCUUCAUGCCUCAGUCAUCAGCGGACAUACACCAUGUUUACGGCUUUUACUAGAAGUCACAGAUAAUCCCGAUGUGACGGAUGCCAAAGGACAGACGCCGCUGAUGUUGGCUGUGGCUUACGGGCACAUAGAUGCUGUUUCCUUGUUACUUGAAAAAGAAGCCUCUGUGGACACGGUCGAUAUCCUGGGGUGCACCGCUCUGCAUCGAGGGAUUUUGAUGGGACAUGAGGAAUGUGUCCAGAUGCUAUUGGAACAAGAUGCACUGAUUUUGUGUAAAGACGCCAGAGGCAGGACACCCCUACAUUAUGCGGCAGCUCGCGGUCAUGCCACAUGGCUGAGCGAAUUAGUGCAGUUGGCACUUUCGGAAGAGGACUAUAAUUUUAAAGAUAAUCAGAAUUAUACCCCAUUGCACUGGGCUUCUUAUAAUGGCAACGAAGGCUGCGUAGAGGUACUGCUGGAACAGAAACCUUUCCGGGACUUUAACGGGAACCCUUUCUCUCCCUUGCACUGUGCUGUAAUCAAUGAUCAUGAAAACUGUGCAUCGCUACUCAUUGGGACCAUUGGUGCCGGCAUCGUCAACUGUAAAGACGACAGAGGAAGAACGCCCCUCCACGCAGCAGCCUUUUCCGAUCACGUGGAGUGCUUGCAGCUUCUUUUAAGCCACAGUGCGCAAGUAAACGUUGCAGACAAUUCAGGGAAAACACCACUUAUGAUGGCAGCUGCAAACGGGCACGUGGGUGCUGUAGAUUUUUUGGUGAACACUGCCAAGGCUGAUCUAACUUUGAAAGAUAAGGACUUGAAUACGUCUUUGCACUUGGCUAGCAGUAAAGGUCAUGAAAAAUGUGCCUUGUUGAUACUUGACAAGAUCCAAGAACAGAGCCUUAUUAAUGCGAAAAAUAAUGCAUUACAGACGCCUCUUCAUAUUGCUGCACAGAAUGGCUUGAAGAUGGUGGUUGAGGAGUUAUUGGCGAAAGGGGCGUGCGUACGAGCCGUGGACGGAAAUGCUUCUAGGUCAAACGGACCCUGCCCCUCACCCGAGAAAGAUGUACGGAAAGAAGAAUAAGACUUUAAAAUACAAAGAACUAACCAGAUACUAUAUCAGGAGGACCAAAAGGCUUCAGUCUCUUAUAUGGGAAGACUUUUUAUUAUUAUUUUUUAACAACGCAAGUGGAGGGGGGGGGAAUCAAUUAACUUUUCUAAACACACGCGCACACGAAGUGUUUUAUGUAAUGAAGAGUCUUGGCUGUGUUGUACACUUUGAGACACACAUUUCUAGUAGACCUUUCGACAUUUGUAACUGAUGACGAUGUGUUGAUCACAGUUUUAUUUUUCCAGACUAGAAAAUGUUCCUACACUUUUAAUGUUAAAUGUGUUUAUAUUUAUUUAAAAUGAAGCAAGUGCCCAGGAAAAAAAAAUAGAUGACCAUGGUUUGUUCUUCUCCUUCUUAGUUUUUGACAGCGUCUGUCUGUCUUCUUAUUUCUGCAUCCAGACAAGCCUAAUAGCUUGAGUUGGACAGACGAAACGGGCACAUGGCAUAGCCGCCGUUCCAGUGCCGACACGGAAAGCUGGGUAGUAAUGUGAAAGCAAAACUUCUGAGCGAGGCCACCUGGUACGGGGAGCUGUGGGUGCUUGCUUUGUGAUGCAGUGGCACUCUCGCCAGACCAGAGGGGAGCAGCGUAGGAGGUUUGCGAUGGAUUGAACCCCUUGGUAAGGAAAUGAUGUUCAACGCUUGAUAGCGCAAAACUAAAACAGGACUGUGAAGCUAGGAGAAAAGCCACCUCUCUGCCCUGCUGGAAGCUAGAAUGUGUUCUAGAUACAUAUUCCAAUAAGACUGAAAAGGGAAAAAAAACCAUUUCGGACAAGACUGCAUUUUGGCAAAUGCUCCUGAGUCUGACACAGAUUGCCCGUCAAGCCCAUCUCUUAGGUGUGGUUUCUCAUGCUACGUUUUAUGAUUGGGUACAGAACUCAUGCACUUAAUACAUGGGGGACUGCGUUCGCUAUUAAUGGUACAGGUGUGUAUAAAAUUGCCACUGUUCCC